CUUGCUAGCUUGCAAGUCGUCGACAUCACGAACUUCCAGCAUCCUUCAAGCGCAUCGGCAAAGGUGCUAGCCCUGGAGUCAUUGCUUUUGAAGCAGCAUUGGAGGGAAGCAAUUGAUCAGGCGGUGGCGCGUCAACGAGCGCCACAUCUUACGCCCAGCCCUAAUGCUUUCCUGGGUAGCACGAAUCCUCCCAACGGCUUUGGGACAAGCGAUAUGAGCUCUGGUCUUUGAGCGUUGGCCUUGCUCUUCUCUCAUUCCUCUUUCCUCGAUCCUUCUCCCUUCUCAAUUUCUUGACGCGAAAGAGAGCGUCCGGACACACCUUUCGACGCAGUACACGCCCCAUCAUCCAGAAAACAGUCCCAGCAGGGUUGAGAACGCGAGAUACCACCUCAACACCUGCACCAUGGCUAUAUCUUCAGGGGCCGUCGGCGCUUUGGCGCUGGCCAUAGCCAUUGGGGCUCUCAUAUCCAUCGUCUUCCGCCCGAAGACGGACCCACGCGAACCACCAAUGUUUUAUCCGAAAGUGCCCUUCGUUGGGCAUAUCAUAGGAAUGCUACGUGAAGGACCGCUCUACCUUCUCAGGAUCAGCUCGCAGAGCGACGCACCCAUCUUCACCCUUCCCAUGCUCAACUCCCGCACCUAUGUGUGCAAGUCGCCCUCCUACGCCUCGCUGAUCCAGCGAGCCUCCUCGACCCUCGAUUUCGAUCAACUCAUCGUCGAAGUGACGCCGCGAAUGGUCGGGCUAAGCGAGCACACAAAACACCUACUCCAAGACCCCACAGCCAAGGCAGAGAACCGCGUGCGCAUGGUGACAAAGGCACACGACAUCAUAAAUCCUCCCCUGGCACCUCAAAGAAUGGACGGAAUCGCGGCGAAGCAAUUGCAUCACUUUGGUGACUUCAUAAACGGGAUCAAGGACGGACAGGAAGUCGAAUUAUUCAAGUUCAUGACGCGUGAGAUAACAGCUGCUUCCAUGUACACCUUCUAUGGGCCGGAGAAUCCAAUGGCGGUGCACCCGGAGCUCAUUCAGGCAUUCUGGGACUGGGAGGGUGGUAUCGUCGCGUAUAUGACUGGCGUCUUUCCCAGCAUUACCGCGCGGAAGUCAUAUCUUGGAUUGGAGAAGUGCGUCCGAGGCUUCAUUGAAUAUGCCGAAAAGGGCCGGUACAAGGACGCAUAUGAAAUUCUCCAAAACCGUAAGCACCUACAUGAGGAACAUGGCGUAUCACUUGCAGAGCAUGCGCGGCUAGAGCUGGGUCUUUCCUUUGCCUUCAACUCCAACGCCAGCAUGACCAUCUUCUGGGUCCUCAACAACAUCUUCUCCCGCCCGGAGUUGCUCGCCGAAAUCCGCGAAGAAAUCCGUGCGAACGCGCUCGAGGCUCCUGACACCAUCUCUUUCACGAAGCUGAAGGAAGCAUGCCCCCUAUUGAACUCAGUCUACAGAGAGUCUAUGCGCCUCGCGGCCCCGUUGUCAACCGCGCGCUUCGUCCUAGAAGACACAGUCGUCGGAGACACGUACCUUCUCCGCAAGAACACCGUUGUGCAGAUCGCUGGCGGUAUCAUCCACAAUGAUGCUUCAAUCUGGGGCCCCGAUGUGGCUUCUUUCAAUCCGAGACGCUUCUACUACAGCCAGAAUGGCUCCAAAACCGCUCCGGACGGAUCCGUCCCAGAGGGCAAAGGCAGCCAGGUGCAUGCUGCGGCUUUCAGGGGCUUUGGAGGGGGCGUGACGCUGUGUCCCGGAAGGCACUUUGCGCAGAUGGAGAUUUUGACUUUGACGGCGGUGCUGGCGUGGGGAUUUGAUAUGCUGCCUCCUGGCGGCAAGAGCGAAGUGGCCUGGGAUCCGCCGCGCGAUGACAAGAGGUUUCCUUUUGCUGUUGUGAAGCCAUUGCGAGCGCUGAAUGUACGCUUGAAGAGGAGGCAGGGUAUGGAGGAUGUCAAGUGGAAUUGGAAGGUGUGAGCGGAACACAGUGUAACCUGCGGCACGUAUGUCUCUCAAUUUUGAAACCUUGGGCGCUUGUUGCAGCGGACGACAUACCAACAGACUUCGUGCAUUCUAAGGUUACAACUUGAUCUAGGACCUUGGCGGCUCCAGCCUUCGGUAAGGUCAGAAUGCCGUCUGUAGUAAAAUGAUCAACGCAACGACUCAUUCAGGCAUUAUAGAGCCAAUAUACGUCUUUUGACAUGGCUUGAGCAAGAGACCUUCCAUGACCCGCUCGAUCCUAGCCGUGGAACAUGGGCAAGAGAGGGCGGUGCAUUGCCCUUCGACAAGUAGCCGAGAUCCGGACAACAGCUACGAAUAGACUGAAGUUG